AUGGGCGGGUUUGGCAAGAAAGCUUUGUUCUUCACAAUUUUGUUCAUUGUUUCACUGGAAGCAACUAUGGCAAUCAAACAAAAAGAAGACGAUGACAACUUAAACAAGUUUGUGCUAAGUCCAACAAAAACCAUAGUCAGGAUUUUCAACAAACUUGGUAAUGGACAGGAUUUGACCAUUCACUGCAAGUCCAAAGAUGAUGAUCUCGGGGUCGUUACCAUUGGUGACAAUGGGGUUUUUUACUGGAAAUUCCGAGUGAAUAUUCUUGGUUCGACGCUGUUCUUCUGCGGAUUGAAUUGGACAGAUGGUUAUGGAGUUUAUGAUAUCUAUAAGGCUAAAAGGGAUAUGGAUAGAUGUCCAACAAGGUGCAAUUGGGAAGCUCACACAGAUUGUUUGCAUGGCCUCAGACAAGGAGAUUAUUUGUGGGAUUUUAUUUACAAUUGGACAAGGCCGUCUUAA